AUGUGGAGAGUGGUAGUGCCGCGAGGGGGGGAACAGCCCCCUGUACCGUCCGAGCCCCCCGCGCCACCACACUGGGGCUACUCGGCACCCUGGGCCCCGCCGCCGAGGCCCCCCUUGGCCGCCAAGAGGCCCAUGAGCGACAGUGAUGACGGAGACGAGUUUUCUGAGGAGGGAUCGAAAGAUCAAUGCUCGUCCCCCGGAGACCCCGACAGCUGCCAGAUGUUAUCCAGGAAGAAGCGCAGAGGUAUCAUAGAGAAACGGCGCAGAGACCGCAUCAACACCUCGCUCUCGGAGCUGCGGAGGCUCGUACCUUCAGCCUUUGAGAAACAGGGCUCAGCCAAGCUGGAGAAGGCUGAGAUACUUCAGAUGACCGUGGACCACCUCAAGAUGCUGCAUGCUAAAGGUAUGGACGCCCUCGCCUACGACCCGUCCAAGUUCGCCAUGGACUACCACAACAUCGGGUUCCGAGAGUGUGCGGCGGAAGUAGCACGAUACUUGGUCACCGUGGAAGGUUUGGACAUCCAAGACCCCCUGAGGUUGAGGCUAAUGUCUCACCUGCAGUGUUUCGCAGCACAGAGAGAACUAGCCUCCAAACAGGCUCCUUGGUACCCAGGUUCCGCUCCAGGACCGCCAACCUACCCGUUGGAUACCUCACACUCGUCUUCCGCCAACUCCUCCUUCGAGACUGGUUCUUGCGAGUCUGCACCUCCAGCGUCGUCUACGACUUCCUCUACCUCCACGUCGGCGCUGACCCCUCUCACGACUGUGUCGGGGUACCAUCAGUACCCUCAGCAUCCCCACCAUCCCCCACACCACUACCCUGCACCUGCACCUGCACCUCCUAGCUAUAAUCAUCCUCAACAACACUCGUACCAACAGAACAACUCGCCUGUGUCCAAGCCUUACCGACCGUGGGGUGCAGAGGUUGCCUACUAG